CUCAAUCAUUGUUACUAUUAUUAUGUUCAUCCCUUUACACCGUCUUCUCACCCUAAAUCAAAACUAGUCCUCAGCAGUCAAUCAAUUAUGUCUCAGGAGAAGCUUACGAGGGAAGCCAUAAAGCACGCGCUGAAGGCAUUAAGGAAACGCCAUUUGCUUGAAGAAGGCGCUCAUGCUCCUGCUUGUAUUGCUCUUUCCAGACCGAUUAUCGCUCAGGGCUCAGAAUGGAAGGAGAAAGCAGAAAAACUCGAAUUGGAACUUCAGCAAUUUUACAAAGCUCAAUCUCGAUUAUCCGAGCAACUUGUGGUGGAGGUAGCAGAGUCCAGAGCAUCAAAAGCUGCCUUAGAAGAAAAAGAAGCAGCAUUCACUGAUUUGCAAAAGGAGUUGGCUCAAACAAGUGAUGAAUGCUCUCAAUUAAAGGCAGCUUUGGAAGAAAAGAUUAAGGCUUUAGAAUUGGUUGUGAGUGAGAAUCACUCACUUCGAAAGCAAUUAGAACAGAUGACUGUCAAGGCUAAGAAUGCAGAAGCAGAAAAUAAGAUGUUAGUUGAUCGCUGGAUGCUGCAAAAGAUGCAGGAUGCUGAACGUCUUAAUGAGGCUAAUGCACUAUAUGAAGAAAUGAUUGAUCGACUCAAGGCAAGUGGUUUAGAGAAACUUGCUCAGCAGCAAGUGGAUGGAGUGGUCCGGCAAAGCGAAGAUGGUGCUGAGUAUUUUGUGGAAUCGACCAUUCCCACUGCAUGCAGGUACAAAAUUACAGCUCAUGAGGGUGGCUGUGCUUCUAUAAUGUUUGAGUAUAACUCAAGCAAAGUGAUCAGUGGCGCACAGGAUCAAUCAAUCAAAAUGUGGGAUACAAACCCCGGAUCUUUAAGUCCUACACUUUGUGGUUGCCGUGGGUCUGUUCUUGAUCUCUCUAUUACCAAUGAUAAUAGAUCUGUUAUUGCAGCCAGUAGCUCAAACAACUUGCAUGUAGGGGAUGCCAAUUCAGGUCUUGUCCGUCACACUCUCACAGGCCGUGUUGACAAAGUGUGUGCUGUGGAUGUCAGCAAAAGUUCAAGUCGACAUGUUGUCAGUGCUGCUUAUGAUCGUACUAUAAAAGUGUGGGAUCUGCAAAAAGGCUACUGCACCAGCACAAUUGUUUUCCACGCCAAUUGCAAUGCCCUUUGUUUCAGCAUGGAUGGACAGACCAUUUGUUCAGGCCAUGUUGAUGGGAAUCUUCAAUUAUGGGAUAUUCAUUCAGGAACGCUACUCAGUGAAGUUGCUGCACAUUCACUUGCUAUAUCGUCUAUACGUCUAUCUCAAAAUGGAAACAUUGUAUUGACAAGUGGGAGAGAUAACUUGCCCAACUUAUUUGAUAUGGGGUCCUUAGAAGUUUGUGGCACAUUAAGAACUACUGGAAACAGAUCAGCAUCUAAUUGGAGUCGGUCUUGUAUGAGUCCUGAUGACAACUAUGUGGCUGCUGCAUCAGCUAAUGGAUCUGUCUACAUUUGGUCAAUAUCUAAAGCUGAUAUCGUGGGCACUCUGAAGGAACACACUUCUUCGGCGUGUUGUUCAUGGAGUGGACUGGGAAAACCAUUAGUAACUGCUGACAAGAGUGGAAUUAUUUAUACCUGGACGUAAUCAUUUACUUGUGCGCCCGUGAAUAUGCCAAAUUGUUUACCCCAAA